UUUCAAAUAGCUGUGCAUCUCUGAAGGUAAAAAACAAUGCGCAGCUCAGCUAUCAUCCUCUCUCUUGUUGGACUCGCCCUAGGGCAAGAAUCAGUUCUGCGUCAAGAACGGCGACGGCAACUACGUGUUCCAGGGAUCGUGCUCACGGUUCUACUCGUGCGCCAACGGAUUCGGGUGGCUGCAGGACUGCCCAGGCGACCUGCUGUUCGACACGGAGUUAAUGGAGUGCGUGUGGCACGAAAAGGUGCAGUGUGGCGACCGGCCUGUUGAGGCGCGUGGAUCUUCGGACAACUGAGAAUAGGUGUCGGCAGCAGCACUGGAGAUAAGGCAGCAGAAAGCGGUCUCGCUGACGGAUAUUGCUUUCUUAUUUCUUUUGUUGAAGGUGAAUUCGACUUUACCCCUCAUUUUCGCAACCUUUUUCUUCUCUCUCCAAAUGGCCGGGUCGACAGUGAAGACAGUCGUGGCGCUCAUUGCCCUCUACUACAGCUAUAAGGCCGUGUGCUAUCUCUGGACAAAGGACACCAAGAACCAGUCGCGCAGGCGUGCGCCCCUGCCGUACCGCAAAUACACGAAGCGCGAAUUGUCGCAAUUCACGGGCGAAAACAACACGCCGGUUCUUAUCGGCCUCGCCGGAAAGGUGUAUGACGUAUCGGCCGGCCGCGGGUUCUAUGGCCCAGGCGGUCCCUACAAUCUGUUUGCGGGCCGUGAUGCGUCGCGGCUGCUGGCAACGCAGUCGUUUGAUGAGGGCAUCACAGAGGAGGAGCUCGAUGCCCCGAUUGACAAGCUGGAGGGGCUGACGGAGGAUGAUCUAGAGCAGAUGGACGCGUAUAUAGGCCUUUUCAAUGUCAAGUAUCUGUGUGUGGGUGAGCUGGUUGAGCCCACCGCAGCGGACCUGGCAGUCAAAGAGUAGUGAAAGCGUGGAAAACUGGAUUUAUUUAAUACGAGCUUUUUUUUUCUACAAAUGAACAGGAUACGCAGCA